AGCGUAUCGACGCAAAGAUGAUGUGCCAGAAGCUUCCUCGAGAGCUCCGCGAUUUGGCAUACAUGCAUUUCUGGGCCCAAGAAGACACCAUGUGCGAAUGGCUCCGCGUGUGGUACCCCUCACUACUACUCGGCCGCACUACACAUACUCCCUACGAUGAGUUAUGUACGGGUAUUCGCUCGCUCGAUGUUCCAGUUGCUGCCGAAUUAGUCCAGUGGUACUACGAAAACCGUGGCGCAGACCUUGGAAUCGGCCAAUCAAUUGAGAGGCCCUUGUGGUUCCCUGGAGGUAUACGUACCGGUAGCAAGUGGCUCCUCGAAGCGCUCGACUUACAAGACCUCCCCAAAUUCAUGACCACGGACGUCUUCGGCGCGGGUGUCACUCCUGCCGACUGCAAGUUGCGUGCCCUUACAGCCCGUAUCGACCUGAGCGACUACAUACAUGUGGCACAGUCGAUCCAGAUCGACAGACUGCUUGAGCCUAUGCGCACGCAGCACAAGUCGGAGGGGUUCACGCUUUGUGUUAACGUGGUGGGAUGGUGGACUGAUGACUUCCCCUUCGACCUCAUCUCUGGUCUUGGAAGCAAGCUUGGAGAAGUUUUUGAGAAGCUUGCGGAAGGGAACGUGACAGCAUCAGCACGGAUCAUGCUGGUCCAAUAUGUACCCGAAGGCGAAGGCUCCAAAGUGAACAUUAUCGAGGGUGUUGGAAACAUGCUGGGAGCUUCCGAGGAUGUCUGGGAAGAGUUCUUGAAGGAAAAACUGGGAAGAACCUCGCGCAGGCAUUAA